CUGAUGCCGGAAAGAGUAAGAUUUCGACUAUAAUUUCACAUUUCUUAUUUUCAAACUAUAUAAUGAAAUAUUACUAAAAGCUAGAGUACACUUAAGUUACAAUUUAAAUGAUUGUUAAUUAUAAAAACAAAAACUUACACUUAGAAAUCCUGUUCUCUGUCAUGUUUGCUAAAACCUGCAAUUGAAACUCCUCCUCCGCUUCACACGUCAACUAAACUCCUCCUUUGCUUUCUGGACUGUCGCAAACACUGUUAAGUAGCGGACUGCUGUGAGCCUGCAGCAGUGUGGGCUUCGAUGAAGACUGCAUCUAGGGCCUAAAGGGGGCGCUCGCGAGAACCCUUCAUCCAUCCUCUCUAUACAGUUUAUCCUUUUCAGGGUCAUGGGGAACCUGGAGCCUAUACCAGGGAGCAUCGGGCACAAGGCGCGGUUCACCCUGGACAGGGUGCCAAUCCAGCACAGGGCACAAUCACAUACACACUCACACACCCAUUCAUACACUACGGACACUUUAGACAUGCCAGUCAGCUUACCAUGCAUGUCUUUGGACUGGGGGAGGAAACCGGAGUACCCGGAGGAAACGACCGCAGCACGGGGAGAACAUGCAAACUCACACACAGAGCCACGGUGGGAAUCAAACCCCCGACCCUGGAGGUGUGAGGCGAGUGUGCUAACUACUAAGCCACCGUGCGCCCCGCGAGAACCCUCACAAGCAAUAAAAUCACAAAUGGGACACACUACGGACUCGUACACUCGCAUGCAACUGAAGGUCACGAGACCGCAAGUCCGCAUGAAGUGCGCCAUUUGGGACAAGAGUGUCAAAACGAUGCUGUUCUUCAUGAGUUUCUGCAGACAACUGCCUCUGAUGUUUGAGCGGCCAUCAGACGCAAAUGUAAUAAUGAGCAGUUCAGCCAGAAAAAGGAGCAUAAUAUGUAGUUUGUGUAUAGAGGACCCAUUCAGUGAUGUUGCUGCCCGCCCUCUGCACUACCCAGGCAAGCUCGAUGACGGAAAUUGACGAAAGCAUAGCCGAGUGAAGAGCCAGUCUUCCUGUCCCUGCAGAGCCUGAUGGAGUGACUGUGUCAUACAGGGCUGAAUUUCUCUACAAGCAUGGGCUCCGUCACCUCAGGGUGCAGAUCACCCACAUACAUUGCAGACAGCAAAGUUUGGGCUCAUUUCACCUAAAGAAUAGAAAUUCAUCAAACUCUCGGUGGUGGAGAAAAGCAAUAACACCAACUGAACAUUUAGUAGGCCUACCAACACACUAACUUACUGUUUUAAAUAGACAAACCUUAGAUUAAAAAAAUACUAAAAAUACUUUUCUCCACAGAAAUGGGAGGAAUCAUAAAAUGUAUAUAGCUAAAAGUUCUUACACUUAUCAGUAUGAUAAUAAAAUUAAAGAAAAAUUAAUGAUUAACAGUCAUGCUAUUAAUAUGUGUAAUAGUAGUAGUAAUUAAGUAUUAAAACUUUAAAAAAUCAAUAAAUUUUUGAUUUAACACAUAUAUAUCGCACAAAGUAUAAGACUAAAUGCUGAUUAUUGCUGCCAAAUAGCUGCUAAACUGCUGCAAAAUCUCUGCUAAGCAGC